UGUUGAUUGGAGAGGUGAGAACAGCCCCCGCAUCCAGGAAGAGAACCUGCUUCCAUAGGACGAUCAUUGGAGAGGAGGGCCCCACCCAGACUCAUGUUUGCCCUGCUCUGUGUAUUCAGCCCGCGGCUCCGGAUGAGGAAGCAAAGGGCAAGGAGCCGGGCUCAGUUGACUGCCUAGCACGGGGCAGCACCAGCUGGAGACAAGGCACCCCAAGCAGAAGCAGCUCCCGGCGACUGCAGGGGACCGAAGACACUCCCCGCAGGGACUCAACAGGAACGAUGGGUAACCAAAUGAGUGUCCCAGAAAUAGUUGAAGACCAAGAGAAUGAAUCGGAGACAGACGCUAAGAAGGUGGCAUCUGAGAGUGAGUGUGGUCAAAACGGGAUGCCGGUGAUCAUAUCGACCCGUGACAUUGCAUACUAUGAUGAAGUCGACUUGGGCUUAAGCGUCAAGGAGGAUAAUGUGGCCACUUCUUCCCCCAAGACAAUGGAGAUCGGCGCUGUUGCAGAUGCCAACGGAAAGAAUCUUGGGAGAGAGGCCAAGCCCGGGGCACCAGCUGCUAAAUCUCGUUUUUUCUUGACACUCUCUCGGCCUGUACCAGGACGUACUGGAGACCAAGCCACGGAUUCAUGCACUGGAUCAGUGAAGCUUGAUGUCAGCUCCAAGAACGCCCUAGCGAACAAAGACCCAAGUGAGAGCGGGGCACUUCCGGUGGCAGCUGCGCCGGGGCACGACCCGCAUAAAACCCCAGGCCAGGGCCCGGCCGAGGACGGAGGCUUCUCUGCCACUUGGGGACCAGCGCCUGUCUCACCUGAGUCAGGAGGAGCAGCCCCCUCCAAGCCCAAGGACUCCAGCUUUUUGGACAAACUCUUCAAACUGGACAAGGGACGGGAAAAGGCACCUGUCGACAGCCACCAGGAAGCCAAGGGCGCAGAGUGUCAAGACCAGGCCGAGGAAGUUUGCGGAUUGUCCAGGCCCUCCGAGGAUGUCCCUGCAGAGAGGGACAUAGUGGACAGCAAGGGGAAGGAAGGACAAGAGAUCCCCACUGAGAGUUGCUCUGUUCCUGGGGACCCGGAAGAACUGGAGACUGCAAAGGAGGACCCUGAGACCACAAAUACAACCGAGAAUAAUAAUUCCAUCAUGAGCUUCUUUAAAACUCUGGUUUCACCUAGCAAAGCUGAAACAAAAAAAGAUCUGGAAGACACGGCAUCCAAAGCAGAAAGUGUUUGUGAUGGCCAAGCUGGACAGAAGACCUGUGAGAACCAAGCUAAAGGCACCAAGAAAAAGCACCUGCAUAGCCCCAGGCUAGGAUUCGCAUUUAGAAAAUUCUUUAGGCAUAAGGGUGCUGAAAAGUCGCCUGCCACUUCAUCUGACGUCAAGUCCGACAAAGCGAACUUUAUAUCCCAGGAGACCAGAGGGGCAGCCAAGAACCCUACAUCCACUGACACUGCAAAGGAAGCUGCCAAGGAAAAGGCAGGACCCACCUCUCUGCCUCUGAGCAAACUGUUCUGGAAAAAGUCAGUUAAAGAGGAUUCAGUCCCCGCAGGGGCAGAGGCGAAUGUGGUGUGUGAAUCACCAGUAGAGGUUGUAAAGUCCGAGGAAAUAGAAUCAGCCUUGCAAACAGUGGAUCUCAACGAAGAAGGAAUUGCCACACCUGAACCCACAGAAAUAAGACUCAAACGAGAAGAACGCAAACCACCGAGAACCUCCCUGAUGGCGUUUCUCAGACAAAUGACGGCGGACUCCGCAGAGAAGGCCAUCGCAUCCCCGGAGCCGGAGCCGGCGGGAGCAGGCCAGAAGGGCAAAGAGGGCUCCUCCAAGGACAAGAAGGUGGCGGCCGAGGGCAACAAGCUGAAGAACAACAAGCAGGAAGCCAAAGAACCCGUCCAGUGCGUGGAACCGGCCGCGGAGCAGGUGACCUCGCUGCAGAAUGGGGACAAGUCCCAAAAGAGACAGGAGAAACGGCGGCAGUCCCUCGGGGGCUUCUUUAAGGGCCUGGGACCAAAGCGGAUGUUGGACGCCCAAGUGCAAACAGACCCUGUAUCCAUCGGACCAGUUGGCAAAUCCAAGUAAACAAAUCACUACAGUUCCCACCAAGUUGUCCUGCCAGCAAGAUGCCUUCUCCCUACUCCAUUUCCUCCCCGAGCCCACUCCAUGUACAUAGUUUUCUUCUAAUGGCCAUCAAAUGAAAUUCUGCCUACAAAUUAAGCCUGAGCUAUUGUAUAUUGAGGGGUAUUAUUUACGUCUCUGAUCCAAUCUUUUCCGGUAAACAGCUGUCAAGGUGGUUUAGCAGGUGAACCAGUCAGGUCAGAAGACUUGAUGGUUGCCAGGCAGGGGGUGGUGGGGGUGGAGGAAUGCAUUCUGGGUAAGUUAUGAAAAAUGGCAGUGGCAAGUAAGUUGCAGAAGAAUGCUUGCUGGAAGGAAUUAAGCUUUGUAGGAAAUACAUGCUCAUGCUUUAAACUCGGAGAGGAGAGACAAAAAUGCCUUUAAGUUACACUGCAAGGAGGGACAACAUGGGCUCCGUGGCGGGGUGGUCGCCAAUUUCCUGCAAUGGAACAUGUGGGGAAUGAAAAGGGAAUGAACAAGGGUUGCUUUUCGAAUAGGGUCCUUGAAAGUUAUUGAUGAGAAGGGAAAAGAUUGACCGCAGAGGGUUUGAAAUGAUUUGGGAAAACAAUUGCUUUCUGAAGCUCAGGGAGGGCAAGGAUCACAACUUUAAAAAAAAAAAAAA